AUGCUGCGACGAGGCGGGAGGGCGGUGCGCGCGGGGGCGUCGCGCCUGGUGGCGCUGCAUGACGCGCUCGCGCAGAGGCAUGCGCCGCGUGUGAUGGAGGCGUUUGUCGGCGUAGCGCGCGAUGAUCCAGCGCUGCUGACGCCGGCCGAGUACCGUGGCAUGCUGCGUGUGCUGCUGCGGGCUGAGCCGCGCUCGCCGUCGACGGUGCAGCAUGUGUUGCUGAUGCUGGAGCAUAUGCAGGAGCGCGUGAGUGUGGCGCCGGCGUCGGCGGCUGAGGCGCUCGUGCAUGCGGAGCUCGUGCACAUGCUGCGUGAUGCGUAUGUGUGGAACGGUCUGCUGACGUGCACGCGUCCGAAGCUGUCGUCCAUGUUUCAGAUGCUCGCACGGGGCGCCUCGGUGCUGCGUGCGACGGACGGCACACCGUGUGUGCCAGCGUAUACCCCGCUCGCCGGCCUGGGCGUCGCGCCGUACCGCGCCUUUCCCGACACGGUGACGUACAAUGUGCUGCUGCAUGCGAUCGUGCAGGGCGCGAGGGCGAGGCGCCUGCCGCCUGUGCCGCCGUCGAUCGUGCCGCUGACGGUGUGGCACACACUGCAUACCCCGCCGACGCGCCCCUCGACGGAGCGCGUCGUGCUCGAGCUGUGGCACCACAUGCGCCAGGCGCCACACACGCAGCCCUCGCCGAUCUCGUGGUGCAUCCGAUUACAACUGUACAUACGUAUGGGGCGCCUCGACGACGUGCACGCCUGCAUGCGAGACAUGCAGGCGCACGACGCCGUGUCGCUCGACGCGCUGCAUGCCGUGUGGCAAGCGUAUGCCCGGACGGGGGGUACACACCUGCAUGAGGCAUGGUGCGCCUUCCGGGCGCAGACGCCGACGGCGGCGUGGACGCGUGCCACGGGGCUGGACGCGGUGCCGCGCAUCGAGCCGUCGGCGACGACGUUUGGCAUCGUGACGCGGCUGCUCGCCGAGCGCGGCGACGUGUGGGCGGCGCUGCGCGUGAUGCACGACGGCCUGGCGCAGGGCGCGUGCCGUGUGUCGCCCGCGACGUACUAUGCGCUCUUCCAUGCCCUCGCGCACACGCAGCGCACGCCGGCCACGUCGCGCGUGCUGGCGGAGCUGAUGGAGGGGUACCUCGCGCUGGCGCCGCGCGUGCCGCGCCGGCGCCUCGGCACGCUGCUGCAGGCGCUUCGUCGGCAUGCGCCGAGUGCGGCGAUGGAGGUGCGUCUCACGAGCGCCGCUGGUACACGGCAUUAA